AUGACAUUCAUCGAACCUGAGGUUCCCGAGCCUUCUGGCUCAACGAAGGGCAAGUAUCUCUGUCUUACCAUCUGCGGUUACCGCAAGCCUGGCAUGAGCGAGAAAGAUUACCGCAAUCAUAUGGUCAAUAUCUCAGCACCAAUUACCAAGGGCCUCAUGGUCAAAUACGGUGUAAAGAGAUGGACCCAAAUUCACAACCAAGUUUCUACUCGUGCCUUGAUGUCUCAUCUAUUCGACAGCCAGAUGGCCAACGUCGCAGAUUUUGACUGCUUCAGCCAGGUAGUGUUCAGGGACAUUGAGGACUACAAACGUAUGAAACAGGACCCUUGGUAUAAGGAGCAUCUCAUUGGCGAUCACGAGAAGUUUGCAGAUACCAAGAGAAGCAUGAUGACCAUAGGAUGGAUCGAGGAGUUUGUGAGGGACGGAGAGGUUGUCGACGGUUUCAAGGACUGCUAG